AUGCGCCUUCCACCCUCGUCUGCCUUCCACCCUCGUCUGCCUUCCACCCUCAUCUGCCUCCCACCCUCGCCUGCCUUCCACCCUCGUCUGCCUUCCACCCUCGUCUGCCUUCCACCCUCGCCUGCCUUCCACCCUCGCCUGCCUUCCACCCUCGUCUGCCUUCCACCCUCGCCUGCCUUCCACCCUCGUCUGCCUUCCACCCUCGCCUGCCUUCCACCCUCGUCUGCCUUCCACCCUCGUCUGCCUUCCACCCUCGUCUGCCUUCCACCCUCGUCUGCCUUCCACCCUCGUCUGCCUUCCACCCUCGCCUGCCUUCCACCCUCGUCUGCCUUCCACCCUCGCCUGUCUUCCACCCUCGUCUGCCUUCCACCCUCGUCUGCCUUCCACCCUCGCCUGCCUUCCACCCUCGUCUGCCUUCCACCCUCGUCUGCCUUCCACCCUCGACCACAGCAGCUUGGGAGGUGGUACGUUGCAUGGUCAAUCAAGCCCCUAAUCAAGACUCGCCAAGCAGAGGAGAGUGGGACAACUCUUCUGUCCUUCACUGCUCUGCACUUUUCUACCUUAUCUGACGUCCCUUCUAAACCUGCUUGUAGCUGCCAGGUCUGCAUUCUCUGCCAUCCCCUUGGGGGGGCUCUGGGGUGUAACACUCUCCCUUUCUGUGCUUCCUUCAGCCUCUUUGCUUGCUUGUGGUUGCGCCACCAGCACCACUGCAGCGUGGGAGAUGGGAGUGUUGGUCAAUCAAGCCCCAAAUCAAGACUCGCCAAGCAGAGGAGAGUGAGGCAACUCUUUUGUCCUUCCGCUUCUCUGCUCUGCACGCUUCCACCUUAUCUGCCGCCCCUUCCAAACCUGCCUGUAGCUGCCAGCGUUGUCUACCUUCUAUGGUCUGCAUCUCCUGCCAUCCUCCGCACCCCCAUCCCCUUACGGGGCUCUGGGGAUAUAACGCCCUCCUCCUUCGGGCAUGUGUUCCUCUCCCUUAUGCCGCCCCUUGCCAAGUCUGCGUCUUCUGCCAUUUGCGACCUUCCCCCGUCCCCAUCCCCUUAG